ACCAGUCACAGUUCGCAAUUCUGUACCAGUUGAAAACUGUUUUGGACACGGUGACGACAAGAAGGCUUACAAGUAGGCAAGUCGAUAACAAUUGCGAUUGCCGCUGUGCACAACUCCAGGCGUUUAAUUGGUUCUCCCAGUUCCCAUAAUCAUUCGUUUUAAAUUUUUUAUUACGUGUUUACAUUUUGAUCCAUCGACCUCACUGUCUGUUGCGCAGCCGUUUUCUCCUUAUAUUUGGCCUACUUACCUGACAGCUGAUAAACAUCUAUUUGGAAGCAAGAGGCAAGCAGACCGCUGGCAUCUUGAACGUAGGACUAUUCAGAGUUCCCAGCGGAGUGUUUGCCCCGUCCAUCCUCUGACUGCUGCCCCUCCCCGGUGGUUGGGACGAUGAGCUCUUGUAGCAGGAAGGCCCUGACGUUGCUCAGCAGCGUGUUUGCCGUCAGCGGGCUGGCCCUGCUGGGCGUGGCCGUCAGCACCGAUUACUGGCUCUACCUGGAGGAGGGCGUGGUCCUGCCCCUGAACCAGAGCGCGGAGGUCCGGAGCUCCCUGCACUCGGGCCUCUGGCGCGUCUGCUUCCUGGCUGGUGAAGAGGCUGGCCGAUGCUUCACCAUCGAGUACAUAAUGCCCAUGAACGUGCAGUUAACCUCCGAGUCGACUGUCAACGUUCUCAAGAUGAUUCGCUCGGCCACGCCCUUCCCCCUGGUCAGCCUGCUCUUCAUGUUCAUCGGCUUCGUCCUCAACAACAUCGGCCACGUGCGGCCCCACCGCACCAUCCUGGCCUUCGUCUCUGGAAUCUUCUUCAUCCUCUCCGGCCUAGCUCUGGUGGUGGGUCUGGUUCUGUACAUCUCCACCAUAAACGACGAGAUGUUCAGCCGGACCAGCAGCAGCGAGGCCUUCUUCAACUACAAGUAUGGUUGGUCCUUCGCCUUCGCCGCCAUCUCCUUCCUGCUUACAGAGAGUGCGGGCGUCAUGUCGGUCUACCUGUUCAUGAAGCGCUACUCGGCGGAGGAUCUGUACCAGCCCCGCCACCCCGGCUUCUACCGGCCACGCCUCAGCACCUGCUCCGACCACUCGGGUCAGUUCCUGCACCCGGAGGCGUGGUCGCGCGGCCGCAGCCCCUCAGACCUCUCCAGCGAGGCCUCGCUGCAGAUGGGCGGCGCCAGCUACCCGGCGCUGCUCAAGUGCCCCGAGUAUGACCGGGUGUCCUCCUCUCCGUGCUGAUUGGUCGGUUGGUGCAGUGGGGGAGGGGGGGGGGGACAAAAUGAUCGCCGAAAGACAAAACUGUGAAGAUAAAGGGAAAUGAUGUGUAUAAUGUUGAGAAUACUGUAUAAUGUUGUUCAUUUUUAUUUUAUUUAUUUUUCGCAGUGUAGGGUAGUAGAUAAUAUUUGGACUUUUUACCGCCUCAGGCUUGGUGUUUUCAGUUGUGAUUUGUUUGCCGUUUAAAACGCAGAUUUUGUUUUUACAGCAGCUCUGUCAAGUAUGCAGUUUAGUCUCAAAGACCAAAAUGAUGGAUAAACAAUACUCAAUACAAUUCAAUACACAAUAAUAUUUGCUUUAGGGUUGCAAUAUGUAGGCUAUGGUAUAUUUAUGGCUAUAUUUUAUAGUAAAUUAUUUUAUUAUGUGAAUAUUGUACAACUGUACCGCCGUUAUCCAAAAUAUCCUGUCCUUCUAUGUUGCUUGUUUGUUUUUAUUAAAACCAAAAGAUAAGGUUUUACUAAUUAGUCAUUGCUAUUUAUAGCAAGAAACUGGGCUGCUCAUGAGUAACCAGCAUUACACAUAACUAAAUUCAAAUUACUAAUAAAUGGACAGCCACAUGUAUCCAAAUAACUGGCAAAACCAAUUCAA